AUGUUGGAUGGAGCCGAGUGCUGGCUAGUCAAGAAAUCUCAUGUCCAGAAGAUGAAAGUAGCAGAAAUGAGGAUGUUAAGAAGGAUGUAUGGGCAUACCAGGAAAGACCAGGUUAGGAAUGAGGUUAUUAGGGACAAGGUGGGUGUGGCCCCGGUGGAAGACAAAUUGCGAGAAUCGAGGCUGAGAUGGUUCAGGCAUGUAAAAAGGAGAGACAUUAAUGUCCCGGUGAGGAGAUGCGAGAGGUGGACCAUAGCAAGGCAGAUGAGAGGUAGAGGAAGGCUAAAAAGUACUGCGAAGAGACAAUGGUACAACAACGAGGCAAAGGAUCUAAACAACCUGGCAGAGGUAAUCUUCCCCGGGAGGGAAGCAGAAAAUGAUAAGACUCACUCCCCAAGCUAG